AAAUGUCUGAGGAUAUCAAGUCUAGAGUCAUGAAUUAUUUAAAUUGUCCAUUGGGAGAUAUGCAUGAAGGAGAAUAACUUAACUUUGUUUGUCUUGAGGCAAAUUGUAAAGAAAUGGGACUCAUCUGUCCUGUAUGCAGAACUUAAAAACAUUCCAAGCACAAAGUCAUUCCAUUGAAGAUCUUUCUAGCAGAUAUUUAUACUAAUGUUAAUGCUAAGCAAAACCAAAAUUCAUUGGAUUCCUUACUUGUGCAAUUAGAUUAAGUUCGCUUGAAAAUGUUAUCCAGUCUUAAGGAGAUCGUCCAAAAAAUGGUUUUGUAUGACUUUUAUGUCUUAUCAAUUAGACAAAUCAAAUUGCUUGAAGAAUAAAUCAACUUAAGUUAUAAGAACACAAAAUAGAGAUUAUAGGAAUAGAAUCAAACGUAAAUGAAUUUUCCUCAGUUGUUUCAAUAAAUCCUAAAUACACAAUAUAAGAAUGUGGAUUUGUUAAAAUAAGAUGUACGUAAGAUGAUCGACAAUGUAAGUCAGCAUCAACCUGGCAAAAUUGAAAUUGACUUUAAACCUUAAAAAUUGUUUGAUUCCUAUUAAAAAGCUGUAAGAAUUCUUAUAAUUAUCAUUCUAGUCACAAGAGGCUGUUAAUCAAUUAUAGAUGCUAUUUACAUCGUUUAAAUAAUCAACCUAAAAAAUAGCGAAACCAAUUGAAAAGUUUACUUAGCCAGUUGUUAGUCAUAAUCAAAUCAAUUUCAUAUUUAGUUAAACUUUGAAAUCGGCGACAAUUAAUGUUCAAGAUUUUAAAGUAGCCACACAAUAAGUGCAAUAGAAUACUGAAAAUAGAUUUAUUUUAAUUGAACCAUCUAUUUAAGAUUCAUCGAAAAUUGCCUUUAAAAUUUUAAAUUUAACAAAUUUCAUCGGAUUGGGAAUUGGAUUGAAGAACGUUCUUCAAACAAAGAAGUAAGUAUAAAUAUUAGAUCCAUUAGUAUGAGAUUUGAUUACUAGACUUUGGGACAUGGUUCAUAUAUGGCAUCAUCAAACGAUCAUGUAUGGUCACAUAACAAUAAGGAGGAAAAUAUGAUAUCUAAAUCUUUUUCGUUUGCAACUGGAGAUAUUGUGAUUUUAGAUGUCAAUUUAGAAAAUAAGGUAUUUUAUUAGAUAGCUAUUUAUUAGAUAGUAAAGUUUAAGAAUAAGAACUCUUAAAAUGAACCAAUAUCACUUAAAUUUGACAUCCCAGAAAAUGAUGAAAUUGUUUUUUGUGUUAAUAUGGGUAGUAUUGGAGAAAAGGUGGAAAUUUUAGACGAUUGGGAGUGA